ACAGUGUUUGUUAUUGCAAAAACAUUGCUGGUCUAUUUAAACAGUUUGGUAAACCAUAUGAUUCAAAAGAGUGGCGAUUGUUCAUAGACGGCAAUUAAGGCUGUAUUAUUGCAUAUUGGCAACCAAAAGCCAUCUAUCCCGAUCGCGCAUGCAGUAAAUACGAAGGAAACAUAUGAGACAAUGCAAAAAUUGCUUAAAUUAAUUAAAUACGAAGAACAUGAUUGGAAAGCUAUGUGGUCUACAAUCUGGAUACACAAAAUACUGUUGCUUUCUAUGCAAAUGGGAUAGCCGAGCACGUCAAGACCACUACAUCAUAAAGGAUUGGCCAGAACGAAUCGAGUUUCAAGUUGGGGUGGAUAACAUAAAAUACUCACCACUUAUAAAAAAGGAAAAAAUAAUUCUACCUCCACUCCACAUCAAGCUCAGCCUUAUCAAAAACUUUGUCAAGGCUUUGGACAAAGAAGGCGAAGCUUUUCAUUAUUUGAAAACAAUCUUUCCACAGAUUUCAGAAGCAAAAAUAUAGGAAGGGAUUUUUGUGGGGCCGCGAAUAAGGAAAAUAAUGGCCAAUACCCAUUUCAAAGAACUAUUGUCACCAGUGGAGGCAGCAGCGUGGGACUCUUUUGAAAAGGUCGUUACUUCUUUUUUAGGCAAACACAAAAGUCCUAACUUCGAGCUGAUACUGAACGAUUUAAUCAAAAACUAUGCGGAAAUGGGAGUAAAUAUGUCUUUCAAAAUUCAUUUUCUGCACUCCCAUUUAAAUUUUUUCCCGAAAAAUCUUAGCGACGAAAGCGACGAGCAUGGCGAAAGGUUUCACCAGCAAAUGAAAAUGAUUGAAAGUCGGUAUCAAGGAUUCUGGGAUGUCGCUAUGAUGGGUGACUACUGUUGGUUUCUCAUAAGAGAAACCGAUCCUUAUAUAAAUAAGCGUCAAAACAAGACACAUAACUUUUUCAAUUAUAAAAUAAGAUCAUAGAGUUAAGACAGAGUCAUAUGUACAUAUGCUAUUAUUUGUAGGGUACUUAAGUUUUACUAUAUGGAUAUAUUUACUUGAAUGCUUGUAACUUUUGUAUUAGUUCAUCGAUUUUGUUUAAUCAAAGUUUAUUUUUUUUGUAAUAAAACAGAGCUUAGAGUGAAAACAAAAAAUACACGAAAAAGUAAACAGUUUUCGAGAUCCUUUCUCUCAAAGUACAAAUUUUUUUAUAUUUUUACAAAAAAAAUUUAAAAAAUCCGUUAUGAUAGUUCGUUAUCUUUAAAUCUGCAGGACCUAGCAGAAAGUGUUUUACACACAGUUUAUAGCAAAUUUUAUUACCUUUUAAAAGCUUUAAACGGUUUUGGAAUCGCUCAAUUCGUUUUCGAGAUAUAUAUGAUUAAGUGGGCCCAAUUUUUUGUUUUUUUGAAAUAACGGUAAUUCGUAAAUAUCUCAAAAACGUUACCAUAGAAUAAAAAAUAACCUUGAUUUUCGGAAUCAGACGGUGAUUU